GUUACUCCUUGAACACACAACACCCCCCGACAUCAAUCUCAAAACUUAUAUGGGAGACACUGCACUUUUCUUGGCCGCUUACGAUGGUAACUUGGCUAUUAUAAAUCUCUUGCUGGAGGAAAAUGGACUGGAUGGUACCGCUACUGACAAAUUCGGGGACACGGCGUUAUGCAAAGCAGCUCGGAAUGGACACGAACAGGUUGUCAAGCGUCUCUACAGGGACACUCGUGCAAAAUGUGCUAGUGAUGUGAAAAGGGCCAUUGAAGCAGCUUCCAACUGUAGAAUUGCGCUCUACCUUGAAGGUCACUUGGAUGAGGAGGGCAACUUUCGCACUUGGCCUUGA